AUGGGCGGAUAUGACGAUUGCACCCGUGUCCAGCUCAAUGGUGUUCGUGGGCUUGUUCGAAUGGAUCGUUUGCCAGAUUCCCAACAAUGCAAAUACAUCGAUGGUACUGAAUCAAUGUUGUAUCGCAAUUUGGAAGAAAGCAUGUGUCGGAUGACUUUGACAGAUAUCAAUAUCCCAACAACAGUGUCAACGUCCCACUUCAUGCCAGAUGAUUUGCGUGCGAUUGUUGAAACCGCCUGGACAGCAUGCACUCAAGAUCCCUCAGGAGAAAUGUUGGGGUCCGAACUAGUCCAGAGUCCAGUAAGCGUACAAUCAAGUAGCCGAUCAUUCUCUCCGACUGCGGAUACUGUGAAACCUAACGAUUCACUCGAACAUAUAUUGUCCAUCCUGAAAGCGCAUACCCACACAUCAACCUCAGUCACUUGUCAGUCCCCAGGCCGUGUUCUGCUCCCACAUAACGUAAUCUCAUGUGAAACUAGUCGGGGUGAUUCAAAUAGUCCGUGGGAUGGUUUCCACGAUUCAGCAUCCCACAACACUUGUAUUCGACCUAAGAUGCGACCCUUGUUACGUCAGCGGGAAUCCUACAUUACACCUGUUGGUCGAGUGAACCACAUAGACUUCAUGACAGCACCCAGUCGUGCAUCAACUCCACUACCUGCUGUCCCCAAACCGAUGCAGGUACACCGGCGUCAAAUUGCGCCUCGUAAGCAAGAUGCGAUAUACAAUGCCCGGUACAAAACACAACCCUGUCUACACUAUCAAAAAUACAAACGGUGCCCAUUGGGGGACAACUGUCAUUUUGCCCAUGGACCCGAAGAAUUGCUACACCCACAAAUGCAUCCGAAGUACCGUACGAGAGUUUGUCUCAAUUAUGCCCAGACUGGCGUUUGUCCUUUUGGCAAGCACUGUUAUUUUCUUCAUGCAAGCCCAAGUCCUCAUCUCUAUCAGUCUUCCAAAGACGCGAACUCCGAGCUGCUCAUGUGUCCAAAUUUAUCGGUCCGGUUGGACCAGCGACAUACAGUGUGCGGAACUUAA